AUGUCGUCAAUCUCAAAACUGCUGACAGCAAGCCUCGCAGCUACAGUCUCAGCUGUUGUGCUUGGAGACGCCGGAGAGAUCUCCAGCUUGUCGUAUCCGCGGCAAUCGAGCAAUGGAUCAUCAGAAUGGCCGUAUGGACCUUUCAGCACGAGGGGACGUGAUAUCGUGAAUGCCAGAGGCGAGGCUGUGACUUGGGCAGGUGUGAACUGGCCUGGGAGUGGAGAGACGAUGGUGCCUGAGGGGCUAGAGUGGGCUUCUGUGGAAGACAUUUUGGAUCAAGUCAAGAGCGUUGGGUUCAAUUUCAUUCGAUUGACGUACGCUGAUCAGGCAAUCAACGAGAUCUACGACCGAGGCAAUGGGUCCGACGUACCACUGGAAGUUGCCAUGAUCCAAGGUCUGGGCAUGGAGAACGGCACCAAAGUCACCCGCGAGGUUGUUGCGAGAAAUCCCGGAUGGACCAAGGACACAACUCGAUUUGAGAUCUGGGACAAGAUCGCUCAGGUCGCUGCAAGCAAGCAGAUUUACAUACAUCCAGAUGUUCAUGUUGGCAAAGCACAAUGGUGCUGCAAUAACACUGAUGGCAAUGCUUGGUUCGACGACUACAACUUUCCCGUCGACAAGUGGCAGCGAGGCUUGAAGUUCAUCGCCGAAUGGGCAAAAUCUCACCCUAAUGUGGUUUCGAUGUCUCUACGCAACGAACUCCGACGAGCCAUCAAUGAGUCCUCGCCCACUUCGACCAUUGGAUACGACUGGCUUUCCCUGGUCGGCAACUACACAUCUGCAACAGAUGCCAUCCACGAGACGAAUCCAGACAUCCUGGUUACGUGGUCAGGAAUGCAAUAUGACCAGGAUCUCUCAGCGUUAACUUCUGGCCUCAAUCUGAACACGGCACCUUGCUACAAAUGUGAUGCAGUAAGGGACGGUUACCGCCGAACUCCAGUCAUCUUCGAUCUCGCUUCUCAUCCCUGGGCAAACAAGGUCGUAUGGGAGCUCCACCUGUACUCGAUGUCGGAGAACUUAGACACCGGCAACUGUCCCAUCAUCGAAGCCGAGUUCUACCGUGCUGGCUUCAAUGCCCUUGGAAUUGAAAAACCAGGAGCCUGCAACACCACCAAAGACUGCCCGGACGCCGUUCGUCAGACACCAGUGAUCCUGUCGGAGUUCGGCUCAGCUCAGGAUGCCACUCUGUUCAACGAUACAUUACAAGGCUGCGUUCAGCAGUACACCCGCAAGCACAAUGUCAGCUGGGCUGUGUGGAGUCUGGCUGGAAGUUACAGAAUCCGGUCAGGAGCCCAAGGUGUACCUGAUACUUGGGCCCUCGGGAACUACGAGUGGAAUGGCUGGAACUACCCAACAGGCAUCGAGAGAUGGUGGAAGCCUUGGGUUAAGGCAAUGUUCGAAUAG